AUGGGUAAUGAGCAGUUAUUUAACGUUGGCGAUUUGUUCGCUAGUAACAAUGAAUUUGAAACGAAGUUAAGUCUGUACGAAAAGAUAGAAAAAUAUUCGUUUACUUGUACAACUGGAAAAUUGUUGAAAAGCCUGAAUAAUUUACCUCAGGAAUACAAUUCUGCUUUAGUAUACGAUGAGCGUUACUUUAGGUGUAGCGUUAAUCCGAAACCGGUGACUGCUCGAAAUUUCAAGAAAAAAUACCCACACAUAACUAUAAUAGAAUGUCCUGCUAUUUUGAACAUCAGAACGACAAAAGAUAAAAAGUUUUUAAGAAUAACAAAAUUUAUGCCAGAUCAUGACCAUGAACCUGAUGCGCCUCCGCGGCUUCAAAUGUACUUAGAGAUGGUUAAAAAAAGUGUUUCUCCGGGAGGUGUUCGUAAAAAGGACACACAAACUUUUCCAACCCAACCUGCUACAUUGGCGAAGAAUGCUCUUGAAAUUUUCAACGAGCAAGAUCAAGAUCUAUCAGAUAACAUUCAUGUCUUGCCGUUGCAAGAAACUGCCAGUUCACUUGAAGUUUACAAUGAUUUCGUCAAUCCAGCAAUUAUAUCAGAAGAUAAUUUUAAUGAAUUAUUAAAGAAACUCCAAGUCAACAUAGAGGCUUCAACCAAUGAAGAGGAGAAAAAUAAUAAAUUACGUCAAGUUAAUAAAAUGUUAGUAUUUUUUAAUAAGGAUUUAAUUCAAUGCCACUUCCAAUCAAGAGAUGAAGGGAUUUCAUCAAAAUUAAAUGAUGGUUCAUUAAAAAUUCAUUCGGGUCGUUCGCGCCGACGACGUGAUAAAGGACGUCAACUUCGUCCAAUCGGUUUACCUCUCCGAAAAAUGUCUUCCAAUAGUAAAACGUUUGAAAACAGGAAGACGCCAGCCCAAAGUGUUAUGUUUUUAUCUAUGAUUAUCAGCGAAAGAUCUUUGAUCAACGAUAUUGUACUUGGCCGAAAAAAAAUAUCAGAAAAUGACUUAAAACAUCUGGAAUCAACAAACAUUAGUGAUGCUUUAGCGAGUACAUUAAUAACCAAUGAUUUGAUUGAAAAGUUUUUCGAACCCAAUGCGUUCGUUGUGUACCAAAAAAUAAUUGAAAAUAAACUUGUGAGCAAUAAUUGGACGUGCAAAGAAUGUCAACGAAAAUUAGAAAAUAAUAAUAGCAUCGAAUGUGACCUAUGUUUAUACUGGUACCACUGGAAUUGUGUGGGCGUUACUGAAGAAAUCGUAACUGAGUGGUUAUGUCCGAAAUGUUUAAAUUAA